CAGUACUGUUGUCAUUACACCAGCGGUUAGGCCACGCGGGCUCAGGGAAAAUGAUUGAAGCGGCUAAAAGACGUUAUUGGUGGCCUCACCAGAGGAAAGACAUCAUAGAUUUCUGUGACUCCUGCGAGGUAUGCCAAACUAUUAAGGCUCCGCACAAAUAUAAUAAGGCACCCUUAGAACCCAUUAUAACUGGCCAUCCGAAUGACUUAGUACAAAUAGACUUGGUUGGACCUCUCCCAGUAACUUCCAGAAAUAAUAACUAUAUUUUAGUCAUGGUAGACCAUUUUACCAAGUGGUGCGGGGCUAUUGCGAUCCCACAGAUUGAUGCUGUAACCAUCGCAGAGUCAAUUUUUGACCACUGGGUCAGCCGUUGGGGGGCACCACUUCAACUACACUCAGAUCGAGGAUCCAACUUUGAAAGUAUCGUUGUCAGCGAACUCUGUCGUAUUAUGGGUAUCCGGAAGACACGCACUACCGCGUACCACCCACAGGGAAAUGGCUUAGUUGAACGCACCAAUCGGACGAUUAAAUCUCUCUUGCAGGCAUUUGUAAAUUAAAACAACCCCAGGGAAUGGGACAGAUUACUCUCACAGUGCUUAAUGGCAUACAGAGCAAGCAUUCACAAAGCUACGCGUCAAACGCCUCAUUAUAUGGUCACUGGAGUAGAACUCCGGUUGCCAAUCGAUCUGACUUCAAACACACUAGGAGAGGAUACACUGAUUGCAUCCGAACACGUAAUCAGACUUCGACGAAACCUGAACAAGGUACACCAGAUGACUAGGGAUAUACUGUAAACAAACCAGAGGUACCAGAAAGAAUACUAUGAUAGGAAAGCACAUGGAUCACCAGUGGAGCCCGGAGACAAGGUGAUGUUACUUAAGGAGACACCACCUAAAGGGAAAGCUCUUAAAUUCCAUAAACGCUGGGAAGGACCAUUCACUGUAGUGGAGGUAUUAAGUGACUGCACCUGUAGGAUUCAGGAACCAAAUAACUCUCAUAGUCUAGUUACACACUUCAAUAGACUAAAACCUUUUCGACAACAGGCCUUAGUUCAGACAAGUCCUGCAGGAACAGUGACCUAGCACUUCGGACAGUGCUCCUAUG